AUGGUAUGGCAGAGUUGCUAUGCAGUGCUUGUUUGGAGCCUUUGUAUCUCUUCAAAGGCCCAGACAGUGAGCUGGAGCACCACAGUGGGUACCGAGCUCUACGACUACAGUCGGGCAGUGGUCAGCAACUCGCAGGGGGAGAUCUUUAUCGCAGGCGCAAGCCGUGGUCAGAUGGCAGAAAAUGGCACUUGGGAUGAGAUUGACACCACCAUGGACGCCUGGGUCAUGAAGUUCUCUUCUGACGGGAACCUGCUUUGGACAUAUCAGGCUGGGGCAACAGGUGAUGACACAGGAAAUGCCCUGAGAGUGACUGAAGAUGGCGGUGCCAACCAUGUCCUGCUGGCGACUUACGCCGCAGUGGAAAUCAGUGUGAUCUGGCUGGAUAUGACCACUGGCGCUGUGGUUCAGAGGGCGGAUGUGGCCACCCCGUCGCACACCUACCCGUACGCAAUGACCACGGACAAUGCUGCCCAAAUUUACGUGUGUGGUUGGACGGGGGGUGACUUCAGCACGUAUGGCCAAACCAACCUGGGGGACGGUGACAUCUUUGUGAUGAAGCUGAACGAUACGACCGGAGCUGUCUCGUUUAUCUCCCUACAGGGCUCCAGCGCUCUUGAGCGGGCUCCUGAGCUUGUUGUGGACCAAAGUGACAACAUCUUUCUGGUGGGCUACACCGGAGGCAGUCUGAACGGUCAGAAUGCAGGCUCGAAUGAUAUCUUCGUGAUGAAGCUGGACCCAUACGGUGAUCGGCUUUGGACCUGGCAAACCGGGACGGCCCAAGAUGACCGGGGCCAUUCCAUCCAGCUGGAUACGACCGGGAACAUCUUCGUUGGAGGCUAUACCGCUGGGAGUUUGUUCGCGACCAGCCAGGGAUAUAAUGAUUUGUUUUUGCUGAAACUGGUGGAUAAUGGAGUCUCAAGGACGGUGGCCUGGAGUCUUCAGACUGGGACGAGCGGCACAGACUAUUCGCAGGCCACGCUGCAGCUGAAUACUGGCAUGCUACUGUUUGGAGGAUACAUGGAUGCGUAUGUCUGGGAGGGACACCCCACCGAGGGCGACUACGACUUGGCCCUGAUGCAAGUGGAUGCCGCUAGCGGCGAGCUGAACUGGACCAUGCGAUGGGGAAGCGCAGGUUUUGAUGUCUUAUUAUGUACUCAUUUGGAUGGCUUUGGGAAUCUCUUGGCCACCGGCUACACGAAUGGUAACUUGGAGGGUACCUUUCAGGGACGUGCUUGA